GGGGCCGUUUCUGCAUAAAGGCUGUGUGACUCGCAGACUGCAGUUAAAACAUUGUGUGACACGAGAUUUGAGAGAUGGCAGGUAAGGAGCUUGCCAAUGUGAGGAGUACGUUUGUGGGAAAGGCCCACAAAGUAGUGAUUGACCAGCUCCUGGACGACCUUUUACAAGAUGGUGUCUUGAAUGAUGGCGAGAUAGAAUCCGUACUUGAGGAGAACAGUACCACAGCAAAAAAAGCACGCAGUCUCAUUGACAUGGUGAGGAAGAAAGGAGACGAAGCCAGCAGGAAGAUGAUCGCUCACCUCCAAAACAGGGAUCCUUUCCUUCACUCUGAACUGGGUCUGUCCUCUGGUCAACCUGCUCAGCCGGCUGCAGAGCCACAGACGAAGCAGCAAUGGUCAACCACAGUCAUCCGUACCAGCGAGGCUUUCUGGAGAGAGAAACUGAAUGAUAGAGAUAUUUACCCAGCGGCCAAACAUUCCAUGAGCAAUCGUGUGGCCCUGCUCAUCACUAACAUAAAGUUUACUGAUGAGACAUUAAACAGAAAUGGAGCUGAGAAGGAUGAGGCGAACAUGGAGAAACUGCUCACAGCUCUGGGAUACGAGGUGGUGAAACACACAAACCUCACAGGAAAGGCAAUAGAUGAUGCUCUAAAUGAGUUCUCUAAACAUCCCAAACUCAAAGAGACAGACAGUGUGUUGGUGGUUAUCAUGUCACAUGGGAAACCGGGAGCUGUCCUCGGUGUCGGCUGGAAAAAGGAGAUAUCUGAUAAUGAAAGACCAGAUGAGUUCCCCAUCAACAACAUUUACAAACACUUGGGCCCAGAGAAAUGUCCAGCGCUGCUGAACAAACCCAAGAUCAUCAUGAUCCAGGCCUGCAGAGGAGAGGAAGAAGGAUCAGUGCUUGUUAGAGAUGGUGCAAACGCAGCUGUGGUCUGUGAUAAUGCUGGUUUGCGAUCUGUAAACAAAGAAAAAGACUUCACUUCUUUUCUUUCCUGCACCCCUGAUACUGUCUCAUACAGACAUCCGGUUCAUGGGUCUCUUUUCAUCCAGUAUAUUGCUGGGGUAUUUAACACCUACGCACAUAAGGACGACAUUGAGAAACUUUUCAGAAAAGUCAUGCGACGCUUUGAAGAAUUUUCCCAUCAAAACGAAAGGCAGAUGCCGACCAAAGACAGAUGCACUCUGACAAGGCGCUUCUACUUCUUUCCAGGCCUCUGAGGCAGGAUUCACUUCUGUUUGAUAACACAGACUUGUAGCCACAUUUUAAAUGAUGUGUGCAAUUGAGAUACUACUUUGUGAAUAGAUAAAACGUAUUAAUGAUUUACUGAAUGGGCCUAUCGGUCACAGGCCUGGGGACCAAAGGACAGAGAAAAGAGAUGCAAAAUAGUUUCAAAGACAUGUAAAAUGACUUCAAAGAAACAACAAGGAGACGCAAAUAGACAAUAGAAAAUACAAAGAUACGUCUGCAUCGUUCACAGUUGAUUUGAGUCUCUUUUAGUCUUGGUGUUUUGCCCUUUUGUUUGUGGCGGUGGGGAAGCUUGUCUGUGUCCAGGGGCCCUUUGUGUCAUAAUCCAUCCAUGAUACAACUAAUAUGAUCAAAUACAAUUACAUUUUUUUAUAUAUAAAUAACAGUAUGUAAGCCUUUGAAUUAAUGGAGAAUUUUCAUCAACUUGUAUUCAACAGGUUGCUUCAUGGACGUCAUAUAACUAUUUAACAGGAUAUUGAAUGAUUGCCUGCACCAGGCUCCCAGUUCUUCCACCACAUUUUAAAACACACCUGCCUUGAAAUGUAUGAAAUCCAUUUUUUAUUCUCUAUAUGGCCAAGGCAACAUACAAUAAAAUAUAAAAUGUAAUAAUUAAA